AGAGAGAGAAAAAAAAGAAAGACAGAGAGUUUGGGGGAGAAAACACCCCUUCGGAGAGGAGCAAAGCCUCUCCUGGGGAAGAAGAAGAAGAACACGACUUUUUGCUUCUUCUUUUUAAUGCAGAUUUUCUAAAGGUCUUCGUAAAUUUUGCGUCUGAUUAUCAAAUUAGGUUUUUUUUGUUGUUUCCAUUAGUUGUCUCAUUGUCUGUGAAGAGAAAGGAACAGAGGAAAAUGUCAGACCUAGACAAGCAAAUAGAGCAGCUUAAACGCUGCGAGGCUUUGAAGGAAUCAGAAGUGAAGGCUCUUUGUCUUAAAGCUAUGGAGAUUCUAGUUGAAGAGAGCAAUGUUCAAAGAGUCGAUGCUCCUGUCACUAUAUGUGGCGACAUUCAUGGACAGUUCUAUGACAUGAAAGAGCUUUUCAAAGUUGGGGGUGAUUGCCCUAAGACCAAUUAUUUGUUUCUUGGAGAUUUUGUUGACCGAGGUUUUUAUUCGGUUGAGACAUUUCUACUUCUUCUAGCUCUCAAGGUAAUUAUAAAUAGCCCAACGGUGGUUUACUUCGGUUUGUGCAAAGAAAUGAAUGAAUUGGAUGGUCUUCUCUGCAAAUGGGUUCUAGGAUCCCUCAAUUUUGGUUACUUUCUACAUUCUCAGGUUAGAUAUCCAGACCGUAUAACUCUCAUUAGAGGGAACCACGAGAGCCGGCAGAUUACGCAGGUAUAUGGAUUUUAUGAUGAGUGUCUGCGUAAAUAUGGCUCUGUAAAUGUUUGGAGAUACUGCACAGAUAUCUUUGACUACUUGAGUCUUUCAGCUCUUGUCGAGAACAAGAUAUUUUGUGUUCAUGGAGGUCUCUCUCCAGCUAUUAUGACUCUAGACCAGAUCAGGGCUAUUGAUCGAAAGCAAGAAGUACCACAUGAUGGUGCUAUGUGUGAUCUUUUAUGGUCUGAUCCAGAAGAUAUUGUCGAUGGUUGGGGAUUGAGUCCCCGUGGUGCCGGAUUCCUUUUCGGCGGCAGUGUUGUUACGUCUUUUAACCACUCAAACAACAUUGAUUACAUAUGUCGAGCUCAUCAGCUAGUGAUGGAAGGUUACAAAUGGAUGUUCAAUAGCCAGAUAGUCACUGUUUGGUCUGCCCCAAAUUACUGUUAUAGAUGCGGUAAUGUAGCUGCAAUUCUAGAGCUCGAUGAGAAUCUAAACAAAGAGUUUCGUGUCUUCGAUGCAGCCCCACAAGAAUCGAGAGGAGCUCUAGCCAAGAAACCUGCACCUGAUUAUUUCCUGUGAGACGCAAGUGAAUACAGAAACUGGUUCCUUCUUCUCAUUGCAGAGCAAGAAAGCUACCCAAAAUCAUCGGUGUAUAGGUUGUAAAAAUGCAAAAGAAUCUACAAUCCAUGUGUUGCCAAAGAGAUCUCUACUCAAGGGUCCGUUUGAGUAGAAUCUUUGUGUCUUAAAAAAAGCUUUUUUUUUUUUUUUUCCUUCUCUUUUGUUUGUAAUGCUACUUUUACAAAAAGAAAAAUUGUGAAAGAAGAGCCUCCAUGGAAUUUUUUAAAACCCUACUGAUUGAUUGAUACACAAGAAAAGGAUCAUGCUUUUAGUCGGAGUAAACAAAAUUGCAAGGUCA